AUGGGAGAUACAGUAAAUAUGUCUCUGGAUGAAAUCAUAAAACAAAAUCAGGCAAAAAGAGGCGGCGGCUCUAUUCGGGGUCGCGGUGGAGGAAGAGGGGGUAGGAGAGGGCGCGGCGGACGUGGAGGCAAUCGUCGAGGACGUUCCCAGUCCCGAUCUCGAACACCAAAUGGACAGCAACGGUCACGAUCCAGAUCUAGAUCUCGUGGACCCCAAACAAGGGGUCGGUCUCAAUCACGAGGCAGACCCCAGCCAAAAAACAACAUGUUUAAUCGAUCACGAUCUCAACAGCGCCGCAGAUCUAAUUCGAGAGCGAGGUCACGCUCCCAAAGAAGGAGUUUAACUCCCAAAGGCAGAGCAGGUCUUGAAAAUCUGUCUGAAAUGCCUCAGCUAGUACGAUCUAAUAGAUCAAAUAGAGGUGGAUUUUCUAUGAGGUUAAGACGGUCAAAUUCCAUGUCUCGUUUGCAAGGUGGUGGUGUGCACAGUAGACUUGGACUCAUUAAUAAAAGAGGCAAUAUGAAUAUCAACUACAAGCCAUUUGCAGUUGCUAAAAGAGGUAUAGCCAAACGAGGUGGUGGUUUAUCCACCAGAAAUAGAUAUAGCAAUGUGGGACUCAGAUCUGAUCAAAUAAUGCAAGAACAAAGACAGAACAAUGUAAUAAGAUCUCAGACAUUUACUCGCUCCAGAAAUAAUUCAUUCAAUGGCUUGGCUUCUCAACUAACAGUGAGUGUGGCCAACGAUUUUGUGAAGAGGCGUCGUAACAGUGCUGGUAAUACAAAUUAUUUAAACAAGCAAAGUUUAGCACAACUAAAUAAUGAAUAUGGAGGUUAUCGCAAAAGAGGAGGACCUGGUAGUGCACGUUCUGUAGGUUCAAACAGAUCUAACAAGACUAACAGAUCCAAUUCUAGCAGAAGAUCAACACAAACCAGGGGUCGAGGAAGGGGCAGAGGGAAUAAUCGAGGAGUUGGUAGGAAUUUCGUAAACAAACAAAUCCUGAACCCUAAAUUACAACAAGAAAUAGCUGCUAUCCAAGGGAAGAACUUGGGAAACAACAGUACAGAACCACCUCCCGGUGUAAACGUCACAUUGAUGCCGGCAACUACCAAGCAGCCAUUGCAUCAACGAUUUGCUUUAUCUUCACCAUAA